GGAGUCCAGUGCGGGAGGAACCGCCCCUUAAUGGUCAUAACGCAACAUCAUCGUGCUGUAGGCUUGCAAGAGCAGUUCAGCGGGUCUCACGCUAUGUCUAACUUCUUCUGGCUGCUGUUCCUGGACAAGAGCUCUUCCCUGGAGGAGUUCUUCACCGACAUUAAUAUCCCCUUCGACUGCGAGUUUCUGGUUGCUCAGCCAGAAAAUGACCACGCCGUUGGUCUGACCGAAGUGUACCGUGUUAGCCCCACACUUCCCCUGCAGACAUACCGUUUCGGCAACUGGACUCCUGAUGGCGGCCUCACCUGGCCCUCCAGAGGCUUCUACCACAGGAGGAACAACCUACAAGGACUCACACUGAAGACAGGAUUAAAACUCGAAGGAAAUAAUUCAGAAUCUCUCAACCGUGUAGAAACUAAAACAUUUUCCGGUGUCGUCAGUCGUAUCUGGAGACAACUGGAAAACGAAAUGAAUUUCACCACACAAUACUACGAACCUGAAGCUAAUACGUGUAAUUCAAGCACCAGCAAUGCCUCGUGCGCAGGCAUAAACGGAAUGUUACAGACAGGACAAGUGGACGUUUCUAACGCAGCCACGCGGAUGAGUGCGGUCAGAUUAGCAACCGUAGACUUCACUGUCCCAAUAGGAGAGUCUAGGUUUUAUAUUGUCAUUAAGGCGAAUGAUGUAUUCAUCAAGAAGUGGAUUGUGUUCGCAACACCUUUCUCUUUGCGUCUGUGGAUUGCUGUUGCUUGCAUUAUGGUUGUAUCGGCUAUUUGCCUAACAGAAAUACAAGUGCUUGAACGUCGGAAUGACGAAGGAAACACCGAGGAUUUCAGUUUUGUUACUGCGAUGUUUCUAGUCGUCGGAGUGUUUUGCCAGCAAGGUAAAGGGACUGAAUUAUCAUUUGUGUAUGCUCGGAAGAUGACUCAGGACUAUUUCUGUCUUGCACUUUUGUUUUGUCACGGAAAUUGUUUACCAUACGAGAUAUGGUCCAUUUGUUUGGACGCAGGUCACAACAUAUCUACCAAGUCCACGCCUGUGCUCCUAACAUUUGUAACGUCCUACCUGACAGCGGUAGUUUUGUUCGCCUGUUACUCUGCAGGAUUCGUGUCCUACCUGACCCUGAGACACAGCCAGCUCCCGUUCACCGACUUCAAAGGGUUUUUGAAAGACGGGUCGUUCGAAUUACUUGCAAUGAAAAGAAGCGUUGAAUGGGAUUACUUCAAAAGCUCCAGUGAUGACGUCUUGAGAGAGAUCUAUAGCAAAUUUCUGUUACGUCUCGAAGUGUCUCACCCAGACACUGCUUUAGAGGGACUCCAGCGGGUUUGUCAUCAUACAAAAGUUGCCUUCAUAAUUUGUACUGACGAUAUGAUGACGUAUGUCGACAAAAUUAAUUGUACUAUCGUUCGAAUACCAGAAGCUUCCUUUCCUGCGUCUGUCGCUUUCGCGUUAGCAAAAGGGAGUCACUUCCGAGGCCUCUUCAAUCACAGGUUACAACAGCUGCGUCGCAAUGGCGUUUUGAAUAUGUGGAACUGGUAUGUCUCAUCCAAGAUGCGGCACAGAGUUGAUCCUCCAAAGCCGUCAAUAAGCAUUCGGGUCGCAAAACCCAUUCUGUAUGUUCUAGCUGUCGGCGCAGUAUUUGCUGUUGGAGUCCUAACCGUUGAGAUCUGCACGAAGCACAUCUCUUCUGUACUAAGGCUGGCAAAAGGAAAGUUGUACGCGGUACAAAUAGGAUAAUACAGGGAAGAUUUAACACUUUAAAACAUGAUUUUUUACAAUAGUUCCUUGUCUUGAAAUAAAAUUACGUUAAACAAAUAGGUAAGUGAGUAAAUCACAUCAUUAUCAGCCCUAUGUGAAAACUUGAAGGGUAUAUUUUAUAUUAAAUUUAAUAUUAAUACAGUCAUUGGCAGAUUUCGUUUUCUUAUAUUUUAUGUUUUAACUACAGACCUAAUGCAUAGCAUAUUAUAUAUUUGUUUUAUAUUUUAUAAUUUCAGUAUCAAUAGAUCAUAAACCGCACACACUUUAAUAAAAACCACAUGUGCUAUCUGAAGAUGGUCCAGAUGAUACCAAAAUAUUUAGUGGUUUUGUGAAAAAGAAUAAAACAUUAGAGAUAGUGUGUGGUUAGUUGUUUUGUUGGCUACCUAUGUUGUUAUACACGUAAUUAAUUUUAUUUUAUAUAUAUAAUAAAAAUUUUAGUUCAUAUGUACUUUUUAGACAUUCCUAAAGUUUCGAGGUUAUUUUCAAUGUGGGUGUAUAAUUAUUAUUAUUAUAUACAUAUACACACAAACGUCACAUUUGGACACGACAAACUUCUGUAUAUAAGGUACAUCUGGAAUUUAUUAUACUGUAACCAUAGGAAUCACACGCCUCCUUUGUGCACACUUGUAAUAUCGAAAGUUAAUUCAUGUUGUUCAAUGCUACAUUUCGGCAAUUCACACGUACACGUAUAUCAGACCGUUAGUGUAAUGUUCUACUUGUCUCCAUCUUGCAUACGUCACUGGAAGGAGAACGUCCUAUCGUCUUCACUGUACGAAGCACACAGUAGUUUAAUAUGUAUCGAUGAAAAUAUAUGUUGCUAAUUAUUCCAAUGAACAUAUUUGUCUGAGUACCGACAUACGAAAGCUUGAACUUAAGAAGGUGAAUGAUUCUUAGCAGAAUUUCAAGGCUGACAUUGAAUCACGGAUACUGCACUGCCUCUGGACAUACAUCAAUAGCAACUGACUUUCACUUCCGGGACUGAGAUCAAUCUUACGUAUUUGAAAACUUACGUAGACGUCUUUCCAAUAAAAUCGAACCACGUAAUUUUCUGUUUAGUGUUUUCUGCGUUAGAGUUCGUGAGUUUUUGUGCUCUGAUGUGGGCCAAUCGCUAAGUAGACGGGUUAUUGAUUUACCUGACUGCAACAGCACGCCAUCAUCAGUCUAAUUUGGAAAGGCUUACCCCUGUUUUUGUCUAUGUUAAGGCAUCGUAUUUGUUCUACGUACAUAGGUCUCAGUGCCUACAGGCAUGAAAAUAAGUAUCUUUAUGCUAAAAAUUAAAUGUAUCAUAUUGUUUAUCUUUGAGUUGUUCUUAACUUGAUGCCUGAGAUAUAUUUAUUGAUUAAUCAUACAUGCAAAAAUCCAAAUGUUUCUGUUCUAUAAAAAACUAGAAUGUUUGUUCAAUAUAAAAAAGUCGUGAGUUAUAUCGUGGGUAUUGUGUAGUCUUGUGAUGUUUGAUUGUUGUAUGUAAAGUAGCUACUGACACUCCAUUUUUCUGAAAGAGUUUCAUAACCACUAUAAGCACUUUCUGGUCUUGCAAACCUGCAAACUUAUAUGGACCACAUUUCACACUCCUGAAACUGGUGAGAUUUUAAUUGCUAAUAGCACCACUCCAUUCAGAUGUGCAGAUGGCACAGUUAAGCGUCAACACACGUUUAAACUACUUGCAAGCUAAGAGUUCAACGCUGUUACGGCCUUUAUCCUCUGAAAUACCGUACUAGAGGGGGCUUGAAGAAUGUCAG